AUGAGCGAGAUCUAUCGGAACGCCAUCUACAAGUACGUCGUCGGUCCUGGUAAAGGCAAUGGUGGUGCUGUUUGUGGUCGUGAUGGUGGUGUAUGGGGACACUCAGAAACACUUGAAAUGUCGCUUGAAGAAGCGCGGAACAUUCACCGCGUUUGUCUCAAAGGAUUGACAGGUGCAAAUUUUGUGAUGAGUGGCGUGACCUUUGCCAUCACCGACAUGAACGACGAUCAAACAAUCAUAUCUGCAAAGGCGGUUUCUUAUCAGUCCGGGUGUACUAUUAUCCUCACGCGUGGUGGAUUUGUUGUUGGGUACUUUGACUCGCCAAACACAUCUGAGCAGAGCAUUAUAGCAACAAAGAAGCUUGCUCGUUAUGUCAAAGAACUCGGGUAUUAA